UCAACGUAAGGCUAAUUCGGUUAUUUGAGGUCAGGCUUAUAUUCUUUAAAAUGUAUAUCAUGCAUCCAUCGAGAGAAGAAGUACAUCAUGCAUCCCGGGGAUUAUGUUUUGUUCUGCACCUGGAGGUACAGUGAUUUCCAGAUCAAAGCAGCCCUCCUCUCCCCAGGCGGGUCCUUGUCACUCAGCAAUAACUUGGACUCACCUGCCUGCCAUGCCCUGUCUUUGACAUUAUACCGUGGAUCCCACUUCCUGGAAUGGAGCCAGAGGAGAAAAAAUCACUGUGCAGGUACAGGAUGCUGAGAGAAGUGAAUGAGGCUACAUGUGAAGGCUUUCUUUUAUAACAGGUCCCUCGCCGGUCCCUCUCUUCCGUAUUAGUUUCCAAAAGGCAUCUGUAAUGCUGCCGGGGAGCUCGCUGUGAGGCAGCAGGAAAGCGAGGCGAGCGGAUUGCUAUCUUUGUGACAGCUUCUCUGCGUGGCAGGCUGCGUGUGAGCCGGGGAACUGGACUGGACUGUAGUGUUUCGUGGUGGAGGUAGGAGGGGAGGUGGAGGAGGGAGAGCUGGACAGAUGGAGGACGGUACCCAACAACUGGGACACUGCAUGGUGGACAUGAGGGAGCUGAGUGCCAACCCUGAAGGACUGACCGCUGCCGGUGUUAUGCUAACGCCCCAGCUGUCUCAGAUGGAGCUCAGCCUUGCCUGCACGGAUCUGCUGCCCCCCGGCAGAGACAGGAAGCCCAAUGCUUUGGUCCAGGUGUCUGUCAUAGAUCCCCACAAGCAGCUCCUCGUCUCUCAUGCCUGCACAGAGAUAGUGGAGGCGAACAAAGACCCCCUGUUUCUGACAGGAGUGACCUUCCCGUCAGAGUAUCCUGCCAGCCCGGAGACACUAGUCAAGCUAACUGUGUAUGAUGCAAAGGAUAAGAGCCAGGAAUCAAGCAGCUUCCUGGGUAGUGCCACGUUUGCAGUGGGCGAUCUGCUGAGGGCUAAAGAUGAACGGCUGACCUUGAGUCUCAGGUCAUCUGAUGGUGUGUGCGCAGCAGGAACAGUGGUGGUGAGUCGUUUGAAGAUGGGGGAGAUGGAGGAGGUGGACUUGGACCACAUCACCACCGAGUUACCGUCACACAAGUGUCCCUUGGUUUGUGAGUCUGCGUCCCAUUCCUGCAUCGACAGAGACAAUAACCCACUGACAGGUCCAGUGUUCAAGAACCCAAUAUGCAAGGUGUACAGAUUUCAAACAGUGGACAGCAAAUGGAUGCUGGUGCGGGAACAAAUGGAGGAGUGCACCUUGUCGUUUAGCAUCCCCAAACAGCUGCUCUCACUGUAUAUUCAGGAGGACAUGAGCAGGGUCCGGCACCUGCGGGAGCUGGGGGAGCUUUCUCCUCACUGGGACAACUUAAGAAAAGAGGUGAUGACCCGAUACGGAGGAAUCAUCGGCUCCUACCAGGAGACUUUGGCUGAGCUGGACAAGAUUACUGGUCGUUCAUUCAAGCCAAGCUGCUGCAAAGCCCAGAAAUCUCUGGAGUUCAUCCCAAUAAACCUGCACACCCAGAGGAUGAGGGUGACGUGCCCCAGAAAAACAGAUGCUUUUUAUGACAUUGUCACCGUGGGCGCCCCUGCAGCCCAUUUCCAGGGGUUCAAGUGUGGCGGUCUGCAGCGUCUCCUCAGCAGAUAUGAAUCAGAGAAAAAGAGUUUUGGCAAACGCCGAUGGCAAGUGGACACUGCGAAAACCAGCAGGAGUUGUCUAAACAAACAUAUGAGGAGCUUCUGUCCAGCAUUCUUCAGCACUGCCUACCAGUGUAUCUACUACUCCCCCGAGCACACAGCCAAAGCUCAGGAGGUCCUCAGCACCGUGAGCCUCCUCCAGCCGCUCAUCAGCAUCUUAGCGGACCAGCUCCUCCAGGCCGCCCAGGAGCACUCCUCCUCUGGACUGAGGGAAGCACUCAAGAACCUUUCUGACAAGACAGAACAAUUUGUUCACACACUUAAAGAUGAGCUGGUCAACAGUGCUCUGCUGGCUCUGCAUGCAGCGCGGCCUGGGUAUGUCUCCAAGAACCAGAAGCAGACCCCGGUGCAGGGGGGCCAGCAUCAAGGCCACAUCCACCAGGGCAGCGACCAGAACCAGAGCCCGGUCCAGGGACUCCCAGGCCACAGCCCGGCUACAUCCAUCACUGACAGCCCUGCGGGGUGUAAUAACGUGGAGGCGUCACAAACCACGACCAGAGGAGAAGGAGGGACACUGAAGCACCAAGACUCCAUACCGCACCAUAAAGAGUACGACGAGGAGGAAUGGGACCGGGUGUGGGCAAAUGUGGCCAAAUGUCUCAACUGUGUCAUCGCCAUGGUGGAUAAACUCCAGGAGGAGGACGGCAGCAGGCAGGAGCCGGCCCCUGAGCAGCAGCUCGCCGAUGUCAUCACCUCACACCACCCCGGCGAGUGGAGGGAGCAGCUGCGUCCACAUGUGACCAGGUUAAAGGAGUGUGUGAUGGAGGUGGUGGAGAAGGCAAAGAGAGCCAUGACCUUUGUGCUGCUGCAGGAGGCGGCCUGCAGCAUUCCCCAGGGUUUCCUCCUCCAGCAGAGGCGCGACGUGGUUUUCAGUCAGGCACUGGCAGCCUUAGCCUGUGGUUUUGUGAUGAGGCUGUAUGCAGGAAUGCAGGACCAAGGCUUCCUGAAGCAGCUUCAUCUGGUGGGCUUGGUGGCCCAGUUCGAGAGUCUGCUCAGCACCUACAGUGAGGAGAUCGGGAUGCUGGAGGACAUGGAGGUGGGGGUCUCAGACCUGCAGAGAGUUCUGUUCCAGAUCACAGAGGCCAAGACAGAUGACCUCAGUGACCUCCAGCCUUUAGUGUGUGGCCGACGAGACCACUUCUUUGUAGAAGUGCCAUUACCACGCCUGGUUUUCCAGACCUUGCCAGAAGAGAUCAGGGGGGGCCAGCCUCUGCGAGUGUUCCCGGUGCUGUUUAACGUGGGCAUCAAUGAGCAGCAGACGAUAGCAGAGAGAUUUGGAGAUAUCUCUCUACAGGAAAGAAUAAACCAGAGGAACUUUGAGAUGUUAGAAGCCUAUUACAAGUCAUUAAGUGAAAAGGUGCCACUAGAAUGUCUACCGUGUUACCAGACACAGACCGACAUCAAGGAAUUACUUGAAACCCUGGGCCAGAAUGUAGUUACAAAGAAGAGGAAGAAUGUGGAGAUACUAUGGAUUGCUGGAACGAUCUGCCGAAGGUUAAAUGGCAUCAGGUUGACCAGCUGUAAAAGUGCCAAAGACCGGACCUCCAUGUCUGUCACGUUGGAGCAGUGUGCCCUCCUGCGCGACGAACACCAGCUCAGCAAGGACUUCUUCAUCCGAGCUUUGGACUGUAUGCGGAGAGAAGGAUGUCGGAUUGAAAACGUUCAAAAGAAUAUUAGAUGCAGGAAAUAUGCCUUCAACAUGCUGCAGCUGAUGGCCUUUCCCAAAUGUUACCGCCCACCGGAGGGGACGUACGGCAAAGUGGACUCCUGAGGACCGUGUACCGUGGAACCAGUCAGUGUGGUUCUUCAGUAAAUAUUGAUGCUUAUAAAUAAUGUUUUACUGUUUGUAACCAAAGAGAAAGUGCUGAAUUUUGUAUUUCACUGUUGGAUAUUUGGUUUUUAUAAUCUGUUAUGUGUGUGCCAAAACUCGUCAUUUGUAAAAGGAAUGCACUUUCCAUAAUUGCCUUGUUUAUGUUCCACUUCCUCUACAGUGAUAAACAAGUGCAUCUGUAUGGGAAAGAUAGAUAGAUAGAUAGAGCUGGUGGGCUUUAUAGUAGCUGCUAUCCACAUGGACUGGUUAGCUAAAUGUAUAACGCCUAUAUUCUCUGAUUGGAUGUGUUGCAUUUUACAUGAUAAAAGAUUUAAAACAUGUCUGCAGUUCUUGACCAAUCGACCUUAAAGGUGGGGUAGGUAAUUUUGGAGAAACCAGCCACUUCCUUACAGAGUCCCUCCUCCAACACACACGAACGCGCACAUGACCAAUGAGGGCACGAGAUAAGUUUGUGCACAGAUGGAAGGCUGACAGGCAGGUAGGCCAUCCAGUUAUUUUAGUCGGGCCGGCUCAGAUGAUUGGUCGUGCUUUUUACAGCGCUACGGCUUCCA